AUGAAAAACAGAAAACAGAUAGUAUUCAAGAUUCAAAGUCCAAUUAUGAGUGACCACGACUUCAGACAGAUGCUUGAGGGUGUAAUGGUGCAUCGUGAAAAUCUAAUUAAAUACGGAACACCAUAUCCUCCAGAAGCUCCUGACUCUGAGAAGAUGAAACAGAGAAAGGCCGAACUAGAUGCAACAAUAGCUGAAUAUCAAGCGAAAAUUCAAGAACUUGAUGAUACAAAAGAAAGAUACAACCAAUUACUCAGAACAAUUUACGAAGAAGAGUCACGCAUCAAAGACGAACAAAAGAAGUGCCUACUUAAUAGAUCAGAAACACCAAGUAAUUAUUUGCAAGGCAAAAAUUAG